AUAUAGAUGUAUGAACCCGCCUUUUUCUACGGAAUAGUUAAUCAGCAACAAGGCCGCCAUAACUGAACGCUCCACUGAGCGGAAGGACCUACGUUGAAAGUGCAGGAUACACCGCGACAUAUCCGGUUCAUCAAAAGUUGCCACACCACAAAAUGUCUGACAAAUUCCGAGUGCUCGUUUGCGGAGGCGGCAAUGGUGCCCACGUAAUGGCCGGAUUAGCAGCCGCCAAACCGGAUAUCGAGGCCAGAGUCCUCACACUCUUCGCUGAUGAGGCUGACCGGUGGUCAGAGAGCCUUAAAACCAACGACCUAACAAUACUCGUCAAAGGCUCUGAUGGUCAACCGGACACUGCCAUAAAAGCCAAACCCAGUAUUGUAUCCAAGAAGCCAGAGGAGGUGGUUCCAGGUUGCAAAAUGAUCAUCUUUGUUGUCCCGGCAUUUGCCCACAACCAGUACUUGGAUGCUAUAAAACCAUAUGUUGACCCAAAAUGCAUCAUACUAGGGGUCCCUGGACCUAGUUUCGACUACGCGGUCAGAGGGAUUUUGGGCGAUAAAUCCGACAAUGUGUUGAUCUUCGAAACGCUACCAUGGGCCUGUCGGAUUAAGGAGUACGGAAAAGAAGUGGAGAUCCUUGGCAGCAAAGAAACUAUCUUGGGAGCCAUACAGGGUAGCUUGUCAACAGCCCCCAUUGGUCCCAUGGGGAAAACCCCGGUAGAAACACUCCAGUACAUAUUGGGCGCCGCUCCGGUGCUUCACGUAACCGGCCAUCCCUUGGGCAUCACUCUGAUGGCGGCCCAUACCAUUCAUUGUGCGAUAAUGUACGGCACGUGGGCCAAUUGGGACGGCAAACCUUUGGAUAAAGUGCCGUUGUUCUACCAGGGGGUAGACGAAGCCACAGCCCAGUUGAUGAGCGAUCUCAGCAACGAGAAUCUCACUGUUACGGAAGGAAUUAAGCGCAAGCGCCCUGAUGUAGACUUGUCCCAGGUGAAGCACGUGUACGAUUGGUUCAUGACACGCUACACCAACGACGUCCAAGACAAGAGCUCUUUAAAGACUGUCCUACAAACGAACAAUGCGUACGCAGGCCUGAAACACAACAUGUUAGAAAUAGAACCAGGCAAAUUCGUGCCAGAUUUUACCCAUCGGUACCUUUCGGAGAACGUUCCCUUUGGGUUGGCGGUGACUAGAGGCGUAGCUGAGGUGGCAGGAAUAGAAACUCCAAUCAUGGACAAGAUUUUACUCUGGGCUCAGGAAAAACUGGGAAAAGAGUUCCUUGUCAAUGGAAAGAUGCAGGGAAAAGACAUCCAGUAUACUCGGUGUCCUCAGGCAUACGGCUUAACCACUCUGGAUGACAUUUUGGGACACUGAACUUUGUGUACAGCUAGAGUUAUUACCCUAUGGCCUCAUGUCGUAGGCCUAUAUUUAUUGAUAAUAGGCUUUUUUCUAAAUGUGACUGGCAUCAACAAAUUUUAAACAGUUGUUUAACAUUUCAAAUUGAUAUAUUUCUAUCGAUAUUAAUUUUACAGCCACCGAGUAAUUUCAUUACUAACUUACAGUACAAUCCCUUUAUUUGAAUAAAAAGCGACAACUUGCAAACGUACUUUUUAUAUUAAAGAAAAUUUGAUUGACACGUUUUGAUGAAAUACUAUGCUUUUAUACUGCAAACUUCAGUCUUUUGUCUUCCUUUGUUCAAUUUGUUUUAUCACUUGUUGGCCUAAUAUUUGGUACAAGUUUGACGCAUGUAGCUAUAUUCUAUAAGUAUAAUUAAUUAGACAUAUUGGUU